AUGACGUUGGAGGAAAACCAGGAAAUGCAGAAUGUAGCAAGGGAAGAGCCACAGAAUAAGACGGAUACGGAGAACCAAGCUGUUAACCAAGUGGGGGAAUUGAUGCCUGUCAUGGGACCAGUUUCCCUAUCUGAUUCUGAAGGUGCGCAAGAGUUAGUGCACCUGCAAAAAACCCAGGAAAUUGUCUCAGAUGAAGAAAUAUUGAAAGAAAAUAGUGAAAGAGCCAUUGCGGAACCUUUUGUCAAUAAGCAGUGUAUGGUUCGGUUUCAGAAUAGACUGGAGUUUGGGGGAUGUAUUUCUAAUGAGGAGGCUGGAGGAAAAUUAUGGGUGCUGUGGAAUACCAAGGUAAAGGUUACCGUUCAUUCCAUCAAGGGUCAAAGUAUCUUGCUAAUGGUUGAAGAGAAGAACAAACAAAUCCUCGCAUCUUUUGUCUAUGCUAAAUGUUCAUACCUGGACCGUAGAAGACUUUGGGAGGAUUUGAGCUGGUUGAGUACUGGAAUCACACCUUGGAUAAUUAUGGGAGAUUUUAACAUUAUCCGUAAUAAUGAUGAGAGGAUUGGAGGAAGGCCCAGACCGACCAUUGCUAUGAGGGAAUUCAAUGAUUUUAUUGAUGCGGUGGGUAUGAUUGAAACAAAGUUUGAAGGAAAUAAAAUGUCGUGGUGUAAUGGGCAGCAAGGAAGAGCUCGUAGCUGGGCAAGACUGGAUCGUUCUUUCAUUAACUUGAAACUUAUGCUGGAAUUUCUAGGUUUGGGGAUGACCUAUUUGCCUAGACAAAACUCAGACCAUUCCCCGCUAGUGGUGGCCAUGGAGAAAAAUGAUAAACCGUAUGGGUUCAGCCCCUUCAAAUUCCAGAAUAUGUGGACCUCUCAUGAGCUAUUCCAUGACUGUGUGCGAGGUGUUUGGUGUAAGGAUCAGGUCGGACAAGGAAUGGCUAGGUUGGCAAAUAAAUUAAAGGCUGUUAAAGGGGUGCUGAGAAGGUGGAACAAAGAGGUUUUUGGUUGGACUAAUUCUCAUAUUCAGGGGCUUGAGGAACGGAUAUGUGGCCUGGAAGAAAAACUUCAGAUGGGAUUUUCUGAAGAUGUUGAACUGGACCUGUUAGCAUCGAAGGCUGAGCUGCAUACAUGGGAGAGUAGGGAGGAAACGAGGCUCGCCCAACAAGCCAAGCAAAGAUGGCUUGAGAAGGGGGAGGGUAAUGCCCAAUUCUUCCGUGCUUUAUCUUCUAGAACCCAUAGGGUGGUAAGGGAGAUGGAAAUAGAAUCCCAUUUAAGUCCUGCUCCUGAUUUGACUAGUUUAGUUGAACCUGUGGUGAGUCCAGCGGAAAAUCUGAAUAUUCUGGAGCUUCCUUCAAUCCAAGAGAUAAAAGAUGUCGUCUUCUCCAUCCCCAUUGAUAGUAGUCCGGGGCCAGAUGGUUUUGGCUCAGGAUUCUUUAAAGCCUGUUGGGAGAUCCUUGCUGAAGAUGUUGUCGUUGCUGUCCAUGACUUCUUUAGAGGUAAUCCAAUCCCGAAAUAUUUCUCUUCUUCUUUUUUGGUGUUGACUCCAAAGAUCGAAAAUCCAAAAAGCUUUGACAAGUUUCGCCCCAUAAGCCUCUGUUCAGUUUUUUAUAAAACUUGUUCAAAGCUCUUAGUGGGUCGGUUAGCACCACUGCUACCUCGCAUUGUCUCCCAAGAACAAGGAGCUUUUAUUCAGGGUAGAAGCAUCUUGGAGAAUAUUAGCUUGACGCAAGAGAUGGUUCAGUCCAUUAAUAAAAAAGUAAGAGGUGGAAAUGUAGUUCUUAAAAUCGACAUGGCUAAGGCAUACGGCUCUGUUGCCUGGAAAUUCCUCAUUCAAGUCAUGGCAGCCUUUGGUUUCUCUGAACCGGUAUGUUGCCUUGUUUGGCAAUGCAUAUCCUCCCCGUGGUAUUCAGUGGUUAUGAAUGGCACUUCAAAAGGCUUUUUCCAAGGGGGUCGUGGACUAAGACAGGGUGAUCCCAUUUCUCCGUAUCUCUUUAUUAUUAUGGAGGAGAUCCUGACGAGACUUUUAAAGAAGAAGUUCCAAGAAGGCAAGAUCAAACCUUUUACUCAUGCUAGAGAGGUCCCUACUAUAUCUCAUCUCUUGUACGCGGAUGAUAUUGUAAUAUUUUCAAAUGGCUGUAAACAGUCCAUUCGGUCCAUUUCUGAGGUGCUGGAGUUAUAUGAAGCUUGGUCUGGCCAGAGGGUGAAUAAGGAAAAGUCUGCAAUUUUUUUUGCUAAUCAUUUCUCCGCUUCAAGGCGCAGGGCUAUUUUAAAUUACAUGGGUUUCUCAGAGGGUGGACUGCCUUUUAAAUACUUGGGGGUACCUAUCAUAGCUGGGCGUAUAAAUGCCAUUCAUUUUGAGGAGUUGGUUGGAAAAAUCAGAGAGAAAAUUGGAGGAUGGUCGGCGAGAUUGUUGUCAAGUGGCACAAGACUGCUGCUAAUUAGACAUGUGCUUAGUAGCAUUCCAGUUCACCUGUUAUCAGUGCUGCAAGUCCCAAAAUCUGUCCUCUCCAGCAUCAAUAAGUGUUUGUCUGAUUUUUUCUGGGGCUACAAGGAUGGAAAGCCUAAAAAGCAUUGGAAAUCUUGGGACAUUAUGUGUAAGCCGGUAGGGGAAGGUGGUGUGGGGAUUCGUGAUUUGCAUGAAACUCAGAAAGCACUACACACGAAAUUUGCGUGGAGACUACUAACUGCAAAUUCUCUUUGGGCCAGCUUUUUCAAAGCAAAGUAUGUGAAAAAUGACCACGUCUCCUUAAUUAACCCAAACAAAGGUAGUCGGUUUUGGAAGAUGGUGAUAAGGUGUGUUCCACUCAUUUUAGAGAACUCUAAGUGGAGACCGAGAGAGGCGUCAGUUUCCUUUUGGCUUGAUAAAUGGAUGGGGGAAGAGACACUUGGAGAAAGGAUGCCAAUGUCUAGGUAUCCAAAUAUGAAGGUUAAAGAGUGCAAGUUGAAUGGGGUAUGGGAUAUGGAUCUAUUAAUAAGCCUAGUUGGAGAACCUAAAGCAGGGGAAAUUUUCAGAUUUUUGAGUCGUCAAAAAGAAGGUGAUGACUUACUUGUGUGGAUGGCCAAGGAAGAUGGGAUUUUUACAACAAAAAGUGCAUGGGAGGUCUUGAGGAUAAAAUCUCCAAAGAGUAAUUGGGCACAAUGGCUGUGGCACCCAAGCCUUCCUAAAAAUAUUUCCGUUACUAUGUGGAGAAGUGUCAAAAAAGCCUUAAGUGUGGAUGACCAUAUUCGCCGAACAGGAAUUCCUUUGGCAUCAAAAUGUGACUGCUGUAAAAUUGGUGGAUAUGAGGACCUCAAUCAUGUGCUAGCUACGGGGGAGAUGGCUAGAUCUAUAUGGGAGAGGUGCACAAUUCAGGUUGGUAUGUCGCGGAGGCGUUAUCAAAGCUGGUAUGAGUUGGUGCAAGAGUGGUUCAGUAAAGCCUCUAAAUCAACCAUGAAGGGACUGCUACUAGGGAUAAUUCCCUCCAUUGUCACAUGGCAGUUAUGGCUUAGAAGAUGCAGUGUGCGUAUGGAAGGAAGAGACAUCAACUCAUAA